CUCUCUCUCUCUCCCCCGAUCGAUCGAUUUCCGAUUCUCCAAUUUCGCCAUGAGAGGAUCUCCGCGAGCUCCCUCGCUCCCGGAUCUCUGACUCCUCCGCCGCGCGCCGCCGCCUCCUCCACCGCCGCCGCCGCCGCCGCCGCCUCCGCCGCCGCCGCCGCCGCAGCCGCCCGCGUUCGAGCUCCGAUUCGGAUCGGGUUUGGGCUUUUCCGCGGUUCUUUCUUUUUUGUCUGUUCCGAGAUGGCGAUGCGGAAUCGGACUCAGAUAUUCCGCAAGCACAGGGACGCGCUGAAGAGCGUCCGCGCCCCGGCGGCGGGCUCGUCGCCGGAGUUGUCGAGCUCCGGCGCCGGCCCGGUGAUCGAGAUGGUGAGCACGUCGCUCCUGAAUCAGCACCGGUCGUACGCUCCCCUCAGCACGGAAGAUCCCGGCAGCUCUAGUAGGGGUGCACUCACUGUGGGUCUGCCUCCAGCUUGGGUUGAUACUUCUGAAGAAAUAGCAACAAAUGUGCAGCGCGCACAGGUGAAAAUGAAUGAGUUAGCCAAGGCUCAUGCCAAAGCUCUUAUGCCUUCAUUCGGUGAUGGUAGAGAUGAUCAGAGAUUGAUUGAGUCUCUUACCCAAGAAAUUACUGAUCUGAUUAAAAGAUCUGAGAAGAAGUUAUUGAGAUUAUCUGCAAAUGAACGUUCUGAGGAUUCAAAUGUUAGAAAAAAUGUGCAGCGGUCACUUGCCACUGACCUACAGAGUCUAUCGAUGGAGCUUCGCAAGAAACAGUCAACUUAUCUAAAGCGUCUCAGACAGCAAAAAGAGGGUCAAGAUGGCGUUGACUUGGAGAUGAACUUAAACAAUGGUGGAUCUAGAAUAGAUGAUGAUGAGUUUGAUGACUUGGGAUUUAAUGAGCAUCAAAUGGCAAGGUUGAAAAAGAGCGAAGCAUUUACAGCAGAAAGAGAAAGAGAGAUCCAACAGGUAGUGGAAUCAGUUCAUGAGCUCGCACAGAUAAUGAAAGACCUUUCAGUUCUUGUGAUAGAUCAGGGCACCAUUGUCGACAGAAUAGAUUACAACAUUCAGAAUGUCGCAACUACUGUAGACGAGGGACUGAAACAGCUGCAAAAGGCCGAGAGAACGCAACAGAAAGGUGGAAUGGUCAUGUGUGCAACAGUGCUUGUGAUUAUGUGCUUCGUUAUGUUGGUCCUUUUAAUUCUCAAGUACACACUUUUUUGAACUGCAAAGGCAUUUUCUACAAAUCUCAUCUUUCAUCUGUACACACACAUCCCUAUGCGUGCCCGCGGACUCCUACCAUACUUGCCUGGCAGAGGAAGCAAAGUGGGAGAAUCAAAUAGUCCAUGACACAAAGCUUUUGAGUUCUAACCUCCUCAAUUCUUGUAUGUAAUUUCUCCUUAAUCUCUACUUUGAUGGGAGUGGUGGGAAGGGCACUGGGAUAUCGAGUUACAUUGUUGGCCAUCGCAUAUGGUCAUGUAUACGAGUUUCAUCUCUCUCGGUUUUCCUUUUCUUUUCUUUUUUCAGUGGUUGGGCGUCAUUAAAUUUUUUGGACUCCCUUUUGAGUUUUGGUUUCAGCGGCAUGUUCAGGCUCCAUUAUCGUCCUUGAGGGAGACCAGAGAUGUAUUGAUUCUUUGAUGCAAAUAAGAUACGCAUAUAUCCCUUUUUUUGGCCAAAUGCAACAUGCUUUUUU